UACUUGCGCGGCCACCGCCAUCGUUCCGCGGUGCUCGCGAAAAUAAGUCCGCUUCGUGUCCGACGUCAAAAUCCUCUCCCGCGGACCCCACAGACCCUGCCCACAGCCGUCACACGUUUGCCGGAACGAUCGUCGACUUCUUUAGAAACUUUUGAUUUCUUCACGAAACUUUUUUUUUUUUCAAAUCGAUGUUUUACUCCAGAGAAUGUGCGGACGAGGAGCAGCGAUCGUAGCGGAGUUGCACGCGGUGGGCCCGGUGGCACGGUGACACGGUGACACGGUGACGGGGGGAGACGGGGCCACCCCCAGGGACAGCGGCUCGUGGGAGUGACGUCGGGAGCGGUCUCCCGUUGCGUCUCCACAGUGCACCACCUUGAGCAACACGAUGUUUGCGACCCAAAAAAGAAGGAAAGUUACCUUGUCAAUCUCACGUUUUUCCCCAAACGUCAAAUAUUUUGCAACCGAAAAUUUAACAAAUUAUUUGGCGUUGCUGCCGCCGCUGCUAUUGCAUUGGCAGCGCUGAACAAGCACAAUUAACUAAACAUUCAACACAGUCAAUAAUACCGACCUUCAAAAGAAAAAGUGUAUAAUUAAUCUAAAUUAACAUUUUAUUAGUUGAUUUGAUAUCUUCGCUUCUCUCCCCCUCAAAUAUAACAUCUUGAAAGUCCCGCUCUUUGACAUUCGCGUGAAUUGUGGUUUUUCAAAAAAAAAAUCUAUCACCUUAUCAAAGUGUUUGUAGAUUCCUUUUGCGACUCAUCUGAGUUUUUUUUUCUUCUGUUCAGCCUAUUGCACAUGUUUUAAAUAACAAAAACUACAAUCGCUAUUCGAAAAUGUUGAAGACAUAAGGGAUAACUUAGUUUUUUAAAUAAAAACCAUUAAUAAAGAUGUCUAACAUUUUAUAAUUGCAAUAAUUAAAUGGCAUUUGUAUACAAAUGCAUAUACAACAUGUAAUUGUUUUAAACAGCACAUACUUUUGAUUAAAUAUGAAUUUUAUUUGAAAUAUCUUGGUGUAAAAAAACAUUUUUCCAGAUGCAGCUUUUUCAAUUUCCUUCAUUUGAUGGAAUCUUAACUCAAGAUGUCAUCAAAUUAGUUAAAUUGCAUUUACGAUGUAUCAGCCUCUUCAAUGGACAUAUUCCAUUUAAAUAUAAUAAUCAAUAGCAACCCACAACAGAACACGAGCAGCAGCAACAUUGGUUGCAGCGUUAACAGUAACAGCAAUUAGCAGCAAUACCAACAACAUCACUGACAACAGCAGCAGCAGCAUCGUCAACAUUGACAAUUGCAUCUUCGGCAGUGUCGCUGCAGCCUCAGCAGCGGUGAAUGCAACAGUAGUGGCAGCAACAGCACCAUCCGCCGCCAAUGCAACAGCAGAACUGUAACGGCAGCGAUAUCAGCAAUUGCAGCAGCAUUCAUCAUCAUCAUCGUCAGCAUCAACAAGUCGGACCGGCAUCGCAAACGGCAGCAGUACUUUCAGCCCCAAAAACAUCAGUUACCGUCGACGGCAUUGACCCCAUUAACAGCAGCAGCAGCAGCAGCCUAAUGUGCAAUCGUUAACUGCAAUCGAAGCGGUGACAUCAAGGGAAACGUUCGCUGCGACGAGAGAGAGAGAGGAGCGACAGCGAUGUCGGGGGAGGGCGUGCGGGGGAUGAGCGUGGAGAUGCUCGCGUCCAUGCUGGAGAGGGCGGUUCUUGGUGGCAAGGUGGUGGACUCAAGCGGCCGCGGUUGUGGCGGCGGGGGCGGCGGCGCUUGCGAAUGCGGCGACGUUGGCGGCGCCGGCAACGACGACAUUGCCGACGUCAACAAUAGCGGGGUUGAUUUUUUUGGUGUUUUCGGCGAUGCCGGUGGCGGCGGCGGCGGCGGCGACGAUCCUGCAGCUGACGGCGUUAAUAGUCCCGCUGACGUUGCCGAUGGUCAUGCCGAACGUGUUGCCAAUCGCGCAAAUAGCGUGCCAACCCUGCUCGUGAUCGACGGGCGAACUUUCGCCGAGUUCAACAGCUGCCACGUGGCGUCGGCGCUCAACGUGUGCUGCUCCAAGCUGGUGCAGCGGCGGCUGCAGCAGGACAAGGUGUCCGUGUUGGAGCUCGUGCAGCACGCGGCAACGAGCGGGUCUCAGGUGGAGGCCGGUGGGCGCGUCGUGGUGGUGGUGUACGACCAGCGCUCGCCGUCCGCUGCAUCGCUGCCGCCCCACGGCUUCGUGUCCGUGCUGCUGGGGAAGCUCCGUCGGACGUUCUCCGACGUCUACCUCCUCAAUGGUGGAUUUGCUGCAUUUCAGCUGCUGUUCCCGCAGCUGUGUGAGAACGCUAGCCGCGUGGACACUCGCACGCCACCUCUUGCGCAGCCCGUGUCCAGCCCUUCGUUGCACCUUCGCGACACUGGUCCGACCUGCAUCUUGCCCUACCUCUACCUCGGCUCUCAGCGUGACGUCCUCAACAAGGAGGUGAUGCUGCAGAGCGGCAUUACACACGUGCUGAACGCGAGCGUCGGCUGCCCGCGACCGGACUUCAUCCCCGAGGGGAACUUCCUGCGCGUGCCGGUGCACGACAGCUACUGCGAGAAGAUCCUGCCCUGGCUCGAUUGCACGGCAAACUUCAUCGAGGGCGUGCGUGAGCGCGGGAGCCGCGUGCUGGUCCACUGCCUCGCCGGGAUAUCGCGCUCGGCCACCGUUGCGAUCGCGUACGUCAUGCGCUGCAAGCGCCUCUCAUCGGACGACGCCUACAGGUUUGUAAAGGAGAAGCGCCCAUCGAUUUCACCCAACUUCAACUUCCUGGGGCAGCUGCUGGAGUACGAGCGUGAGCUGGGCACAAACCUCCACGUCCAGCAGCAGCAACAGCAGCAGCAGCAGCACCAGCAGCAGCAACAGCACCAGCAGCAGCAAGUCCAUCAACAGCAGGAGCAACAGCAACAUUCCUCACACACAUUGCACAGAACACAAUUUCAGCAUUACCUACAACUGCACCAGCAGCAGCAGCAACAGAAACUCCACGGGCAGCUGCGGCAGCAAACGUCGCUCCAGACGCAGCUGCCGCACAGCGGGCAAAGCCCGUUGCCUUGCCAACAGCAGCAGCAGCAUCAGCAGAAGUCGAACCAAGAACCGCGGUCAGCAGCGUCGACGUCGACUUGGUCAGGGCAGCUCGGUCAGCGGCCCGGCACAGCGGGCGCCUCGACGGCGACGGCGCGGGGGGGCGACGCGGACGCUGCAGGCGACGGCGCCGCUCUGUGCUCACGACGCGAGUGGGGCGGGGAGGGGGAGCCAGCAGCAGCGGCGGCGGCGGCGGCCCUCUGCCUCGACAUCCACUUGCCCGUGACCCCCUCGACGUUUGCGCAGCCGCAGAAGCGAAAGCAGCCAACGACGAAGCAUUUCUCGCCAGUCAUGGAGAACCCGGAUUCGCCACUCGAGAGGACAGAGAGCGCCGAGCCCAGCGCGGACACGCGCGUGAGCACGCAGCCACCGAUGGGCACGGAGACGCCGACGGGCGCGUGGUGUGAAGAGAGGAGCUGCAGCGUGGAGGACUACCUCGCCACGGGGCUGUUGCUGGGCAUCACGUCCGGCGCGCACGGACAGCCGUGCCUCCACCAGCAUUUGCUGCAACACCGCUACUACUACCGCCAGCUCGGCCUGUGGGCCCACGCGCCGUCCGUGCCCUCGCUGACUGGGCCGUGGGAUCCCAAAGUGGAGCUCCGCCGGAGGGACAAGGUUUCCUCGGCGUUGGACGGCCGCGGAUCGCGCCGAAGCUGGCACGAGGAGACACUCCUUGAGAAGCAGCGGCUUGCCCGGCGCAGCUGCCAGAUGGAGUUUGAGGGCUCGGCGCGCCUCUUCCUCGCCGCCGCCUCCUCCUCCUCGUCCUCCUCUGCCUCGUCCUCUGCUCCCAGCUCCACCUCGCCGCUUUCCGCGCACGACCCGAUGCCCAAGCGCGCCAGCUUUUCCGGCAGCGCCGAGCUAGUCCAGGUGUCCUGA